AUGUCUGGACAUGCAUACACAUUCUUUAAUCAAAUGGACAUUGACCUCCUUAACAGCGCGCGAGCAAUGUGUGAGGUCAAGCACAUCGACGUGCACCCUGCGAUUGCCAUUCUGAAAAAAUACGAGGGCGCACUUGUAGAGAAGGGGGUCCAUCAUCUACUAAGGCGUCUGGCGGCGGAUUGGGGCAAAUUAAGUUCAGAGUUCUUGGACGAGAACACCAUACCUGCCGCUGCAGACAUUGAAGAUAGAACCCUCCAAGUUCUCAUCUUGCUCUGUAAGUUUGUGAUCCAACCACCGUUUGGGCAAACGACACCCUCAGAGAACGACGUCUUAGCGUUGUGGGUCUCUAUCUUCUCUGUGCUUGUCAAGAAGAUAACCAUUCACACUGGCGAGAAGGUCAUGUUGGCUUCGAAGACUAUGCGCCAAAUGCAGUCUGCAGAGUUUGGGGAUACCUCGGAUAGUGGCCGCAAGACGGACUGCCUUUUCAUGUUCGGAGACAUUGAACUCUCCAAUAUUGAGUUCAAAAAACCAAAUAUCAGUCAGACUGAGUUGGGCGUCCAAAACAGGAAGAAUAUUCGUCUUGGCCGGUGCCUGCUGGAAGCUCGUGCGGCAUUUGGGGUUGAGGCGCCGUCGGUGUUGAUGGCAGACGUUUCAGGAUAUGUUGCUGUUUUUUACCAGGUGGUGCAAAUGGGGAACGUAGCAGUGGCGGGCAAGGCCACCCGUCAUCUUGUCCAUCUUCCGUCCACAGAAGGAGACCUUUUGGAGUUCCUCUUCUCCCCUUCCUUAGCCAUCAUCUGGAAUUAUGUGCAUCAUCUGGAGGAGCAGGGCCCGAAGUUGCGCAGGUCGAAGGAUCGACAUGUAACGGCAGUUUCUAAGGCCAAACUGGAGCUGGGGCUCGAACGACCGGAGGCCGAAACACCUCGCACUGUUGUGAGGAGGUUCGAGAACAAUGUUACCCUAUCGCCUACCAGAAAGCGUAAAAAUUCGGUGUAAUGGUUAAUUCGGUAGCAGCUGGGACAGACUAGCGGCCCUCGAGCGCGUUAAGGGCACCAAAGACGAAAUGAUCAGAGAAAAGAAUAGUCGCAAGCCCAACAAAGAUGAAGAUCGGCCAAAGAAAUAUCAGGCAAGAGGGAGUGAGGGUCUUCAAAGCCUUAGAGGACACGAAAUGGCGAUGUAUAAGAUGGCAUUAAGCAACGGCAUUUAUCACUGGGUUCAAGUGGUGAU